AUGCCAGCCGGGCCAGGAGAGAGUCUUCUCGCAACUCUCUUCGCGGACGUGCACUACUAUUUCAACGACCCUAGUCAGAAACCACAGCACCACCGCUUCGACCGCGGUAGCUACGUCUACCUCUUCCACAAUCCCACCGAGAACCGGGUCAAGCUUGAAGUUGCCAAUCAUGCUGGAACACCCGAUCAAGAUGCCUUCUCGGGCUACCUCGACCCCGUCCACAUCACCUGUUCCCACAAGCAGCCCAACCUAUGUACCAUGACAAUAGAUGGAGCAUCGCUACAAGGCCACGAUCAAUGGCAUCUCCCCAGCUACGACGAGAAGCAUGAGCACAAGUAUCUCUACAAAAUCCAUGCGUUGGAUCUAUAUCUGUGGACGGAGAAGGACGGAGCCACAUUGUUGAACCACCUUAAAUCCACCCUACCAGCUGAAAAGCUGAGUAUUAACGAUGCACCACUCCCCGAUCAACAGCACGCCGAACACGUGGACUCAAUGAGCACAGUGGUGCAGAAUCUGGAGAGGACGGCCAUCAGCCCGCAGUUCACUCCCGAGAGGCAUGAAAGUGCGGCCUCCAUCCAUACUAACCCGGGCUCUCCGCCAGCCGCGUCACCUCAGCCCGCGGCACCCCUGGCCUACAAUCCAGCUGCCCCAGCCGCGCCGGAACCAAUAGCGCAUCGGGAGAAGACGCCGCCACCAUUGGAGGUUGGCGAAGGCACCGGUCUGGCAAGAUACGAUCCCACUCCUCAACCACAAUACGCCAAUACUCCAAACACUUUCGGAGCUUCCACCGCACAGUACACCCCGCAGUUCUUCUCCGGCCCGCCACAACAGGAGCACAGUGCAUCACCUCCCAGCUUCCCCGGGCCACCACAGCCCCACCCCAGCUCGGGAUCCCUUCCUCCCCCUCCCCCUCCCGCAAGCAGCGGCUCAACCCCACAACCAUACAUCCCAUCAUUCGCCCCACCGCCAACGCAAGCAAACCCCGCCUCACAACCUCGCUCGCCACCACCCAGCCAGCAAACAUUCGGUGCACCCGUGCAGCGCACCGCCACUUAUCCUGCUUCCCCCUUUGGCCCUCACGCCCAACAGCAACAGCAACCGCCCACGCCCUCCUCCCCACCAGGCUACUCCCCCGGCACCUACGGCGGCGCCGCACAACAAGACCCCACAAGCUACAGCAACUACUCCUACUCCAAUGGUGGCGGCGGCGGUGCUUACCAGCAGCACCACUACAAUCCCGGCGGGGCGUACACAGGCGAUAUGCACAGCCAGAUUUACCGGCCUACGUCUUCCGAGGCGGCGGGGCAUGGGCACGGGAAUGGAUAUGGCAGGCCGGGCGGGCUGCAGAAGCAGCAUAGUGAGACGCGGCAGCGGGUAGAGGAGGGCGUGACGCGGGUGGAGGCCAAGGUGGGGAAAUAUCUUAAGAAGUUGGAUAGGUUGUGGUGA